CGAAAUUACUCGGUCAGCGAGGGAAUAUUAAAAAUCUGGCAAAAUUUCGUUGUUUGAUUGUUAAAUUAACAGUGGUUGGAAAGAGGGAUGGUAGAAAGAAUAUAUAAAGAAGACAAACGGCCAUCUAAUGCCAAGACUUAAGAAGUCCGCUUCAGUUUCUGGAGAAGUUGGCUUAGGCGGAGAACUUCCCAACAGUCCUAAAAAGAGGAAAAGAAGGAAAAAAUCUAGCCCGGCUGACAGCGGAAACAUUCCAGACCUUGUGUCCCCCUUAACUGGAGGUUACCUCAAUCAUCACAUGGUAGCACAUAAUCCAUUUGACGAUUUUACUGGACGUGUUCCCCAUCAGUUACCUCCUUUAAACCCUGACCAGGGAUACCAACAGACUCAACAGUUGCAUCAUUUCCCCCAGGGGCCAGGAAACUUCCCCCCUCAGCAGUUGCCUGGGGACCCUUCUAUGAUCAACAAACCAAGGCCUGGACUGCAACAUAUACCAGGCCAAAUACAAGGUCAACCAUAUCCAUCUCAGGGCCCUUCACCAUCAGACAAACUUCAAAAUAUGCCAGGUAUCCCAAGCCAAGGUCAUAUGCAAGGACAAGGUCAAAUGCCUGGCCAAGGUCAAAUGCCUGGUCAAGGUCAGAUGCCAGGCCAAGGUCAAAUGCCAGGCCAAGGUCAAAUGCCUGGUCAAGGUCAAAUGCAAGGUCAGAUGCCAGGUGGAGUACCGCAACAAAGACCUACUGGGGUUGGUAAAACAUACCCCCAGAAUCAACCAAUGGUAUUUAAUCCAUCAAACCCAAAUGCACCCCCUAUUUACCCAUGUGGAGUGUGCCAUAAGGAAGUUCAUGAUAACGACCAAGCAAUAUUAUGCGAGAGUGGAUGUAAUUUCUGGUUCCAUCGGAGCUGUACUGGACUCACUGAGGUGGCUUAUCACAUGUUAACACAAGAAGUAUAUGCUGAGUGGGUCUGCGAUAAUUGUCUCAAUACUAAGAAAAUACCCCUCAUCAAAAUGAAACCAUGAUUCAGAUGUCCUAACAGGCAGACAUUACUAUACAUGUACUUAAAAUCUCCCUUAAAGCUAUUUUCAGAUAUACAAAUGGUGACAAAAUUACAAUCAACAUUUAGAUUUUCCUUCCAAUCUUUUCAUAGAUUAACUCAAAAUGGCAUUCCAAGAUAGAAAUGUAUUUGUAUUUGAGGAGAAAAAUGUUUAAAUCUCUAUAUCUCAAAAGCAUUUUUGGCUUGUCUGUAAAAAUUGCAAAAUACAGAAUUUUGAAAUAUUGUAUAUCUGAUAUGGCUUACUCUUGGUUUGUGGACUAAUUUUUGCAUUGUUAAUAUGGAAAACAUGUGGUCGUAAAUGAAAUAUUUGCAUUAGUAUUAUUAAAGUAUUUUGAUAAGUGAUUAAUGAAGUUAUUUUAAGCAUAAUAAUCAUGUAUUUAUGAAUACAGUACAUUUAUAUUGG